UCCUUUCAUUCUACUUGUCCUCGACUUAUCAUUGAAAGCAAUUGCACGGAUAUAUCACAUUCAGGACACGACCUUCUUCAUUUUGGCAGACUUGUUCUUUAACGCUAUCGCAAUCAAAGCUCAACAGUUUACCAUACACGCUGGCCAGAUCAUAUCCCUCUCACCGAUUGACUUUCUAUUAGCACGCUCCCCUCAUUCCUCAUGGGCAACUGCGUAUCAGCACAGGACAGAGAGGAGAAGGCCAGGUCAGAUGCUAUCGACCGUCAGAUAGACGAGGACUCUAGGAAGUUUAGGAAGGAGUGUAAGAUACUUCUUCUCGGGUCCGGCGAAUCCGGAAAGUCAACAAUAGUGAAGCAGAUGAAAAUCAUUCAUCAAAAUGGCUUCACCCCAGACGAACUCAUGGUGUUCCGUCCGACAAUAUACCGGAACACUCUCGACUCCGCGCAAGCCAUUGUCCUGCAAAUGCGUAACAUGAAUGUGGAAUGUGUAUUGCCCGCGAAUCGGACAUUUGCCGAACGCAUCGUCGAAUACAGGGUUGAAAACACGCCUGAGUUUGUUUUCUCCGCUGAUAUUGCACAAGCCAUCCAUGAACUAUGGGAAGAUCCUAUCAUUUCCAAAGUGAUGGACUGUUCGAGCCAGUUUUAUCUUAUGGACUCGGCUAGCUAUUUCUUCACAGAAGUGCUUCGUAUAGGCACGCCCGACUAUACACCAACAGAAAAUGAUGUACUACGAGCUCGAGCAAAGACAACCGGCAUCACUGAAACGCGGUUUAACAUGGGACAGCUCUCCAUCCACAUGUUCGAUGUCGGCGGCCAGCGCUCGGAACGGAAGAAAUGGAUACAUUGCUUUGAAUCCGUAACAAGCAUCAUUUUCUGCACAGCAUUAUCGGAAUACGAUCAAGUACUAUUAGAAGAGAAGAACCAGAAUCGUAUGCAAGAAUCACUUAUCCUAUUCGAGUCGGUUAUCAACUCCCGGUGGUUUCUGCGAACUUCUAUCAUAUUAUUUUUGAACAAGAUAGACGUUUUCAAGAACAAGCUACCGAAGGUACCGAUCGAGAAAUACUUCCCAGAAUAUACGGGUGGCGCAGACAUUAACAAAGCGGCAAAGUAUAUUCUAUGGAAGUUCAUGCAAGCUAACCGGGCGCGCCUAAGUGUUUACCCUCACUUAACACAAGCCACCGAUACGACGAAUAUCAGACUGGUCUUCGCUGCGGUCAAGGAGACAAUCCUACAGAACGCUCUCAAAGACUCAGGGAUUCUGUGACGCCUGCCUUUCUUGGUUUUUGAUUCUUAUCUAUCCGUAUGCGCCUCCACACCCCAUUGGUUAAUUUGUAUUAACAAGGGUACAGCUCGCAUAUAUAUCUGGAACUUCUGGUUAUUCUCUAGCAUGUUAUCAUCUUAUCUAGCAUACCAUCAAUUAUUCAUCAUUACCCUGGCUGUCCGCGAGAUUGAUUUACAUCAUGGCGCCUUUCGCCUUUACAUACCGCACAGCAUUUGCUUGAUCUGGUUGAUUUUAACUUGCUAUAGCGGGCAACCCUUCCCUUGUGUGCAACUCUUUUUAUACAGUACUUGAUGCGCCCUGGACGUGCACAAAAGUGUUUGUACAUGUAAUUUGUAGCGUGCAAUACUAUCAUCAUGCCAGACAGA